AUGAGCUCGUCUGUUGCGGCUCCAACUCUCCCCGCGAAUUCUCCCGAAAUUGAAGCUCCGGCGCGGACUCAGACUCCCGGGAGCGUCCCUCGGCAGCAGCAACACGUCCUCGUCGUCGGCAGCGGUCUGGUCGGCCUGACCAUCGCGCAGGGCCUCAAGAGGCGCGGUAUCCCGUGCACCGUCUUCGAGCGCGACGCGGGCCAGCACGGGCGCCUGCAGGGCUGGUCGAUCACGAUCCACUGGGGCCUGAGCGCGCUCGAGCAGGUGCUCCCGAGAGAGCUGUUCGACGAGCUGAUCAGCGUGGCGGCAGCGACUGACGCUUGGGCGGACGCCGCGCCAGCCCAUCUCGAUCGGAGCACGGGGAACUUCCUCGUCAUUGAUGGCCGCGAUCUCACCGUCGAGCACCGUCUCCCGCCGUCCAAGCGCCGCAUCCGCGCCGAUCGCGCCAAGGUCCGCAACGUCCUCCUCGCCGGUCUCGAUAUCCAGUACGACAAGCGGCUCUCGCAUUUCGAACGUGUUCCCGCCGGUGGCGUUCGCGCCUUCUUUGAGGACGGGACGAGCGAGGAGGGCACCGUCCUCGUCGGUGCGGAUGGCAACAACAGCACGGUGCGACGUGGGCUGGUCGCCGGGGAGAAGGCCAGGUCGAAGCCGAUCCCGGUAGUUGCGUACGGUGUCGUGCAGCGGUACACUGCCGAACAGAUCGCGCCGUUGCGUGCUCUCGACGCACAUCUCUUCAACUGCAUCAAUCCGGACACGGUCCGCUCAACUUUCUUUCUUCCGGACCAUCACUCUCACACUCGUUUUCGUCGCCUACCGCAAGUCUCUGCUCUUUCAAAAGAUGUGACCCAUGUUGCCCCGCAGCGUAUUGCCGACAUGAAAGCUCGCGCCGAGGGAUUCGCCGAGCCUCUCUAUUCGCUUAUCAACAACAUUGACGAUACCGUAGAAUGCACUCGCGUUUCCCCGGCUGACUGGAUGCCGAUCCCGUGGGAUAACUUGUCCGGGCGCGUCACCCUCGCUGGCGACGCGACGGGCCCGAUGACGAUGUAUCGCGGCGACGGUGUCAACCACGGCAUAGUGGACGCCGCGAGCUUUGUGAGCCAGCUGAAGCGCUUCGUGGAUGGGAAGGUCGGGUUGCAAGCCGCCAUCGGCGAGUACGAGGACGAGGUGAGGGCGCGUCGGGAGGUGGCGAUACCGCUGUCUAGGCGAGCGGCGCUGGACGCUCAUGGGAUGCCAUCGCGUAUGUGCCGCGCACGAUCCUCGGACGAGCUUUCUGGCUGA